AAUUAUCCCAGCGGAAGCAGAUAGGAUCGGAGUCGGAGACGGACGGAGUCAACCACCCAACGGCAACAAAAACUAAUCCCACCGAUUGCGAGAAAAAUACUGGGAAAAUCCUCUGAAAAAGCGAGCAAAAUAAUCGCAACAAACUUCCAAAUCCCUCCUUGGAACAUUCAACAACCAAAGCCCAACGCAAACCCACUCACUCAUCCCGUUCCUGAGAGCGGCGCCCCCCGAUCUCUUCUCUUCUCUUCCCUUCCGCAUCCGCCGGCCGCUCCGGGCCCCUCCCCCGCCGGAAAGAUCCCGGCUUUCUUGGGUUCCCGGCGAGGGUCAGGCUCCAAGAAGCAGGAGUGCCUCCCGGCGGCGGCCCCGCGGUCGAUGCGAUCGGUCGACGCGGAGGGGGCGGAGAGGUCGUCGGAUCAGCACAACCGCAAGAAGCCGCGCCUGGAGACCGGGGCCGGGAUGCCGCUCGCGGACGCCCUGGCGCCCGGCGGCAGCGGCGUGGAGGCGGCGGCGGGCGCCGACUUCUCCGGCAUGGCGGUGGAGGAGAUCGUGCAGCACCCGCUGCCGGGCUACGGGGCGCCCGUGGCGCUCAGCUUCUGCCCCGACGACCGCCGGGUGGCCUACCUCUACAGCCCCGACGGCACGCUCCACCGCAAGGUGUACACCUUCGACACCGCGCAGCGCCGCCAGGAGCUGCUCUUCGGGCCCCCCGACGGCGGCGGGCUCGAGGAGGGGAACCUCUCCGCCGAGGAGCGGAUGCGGCGCGAGCGCGCGCGGGAGCGCGGCCUAGGGGUCACGCGCUACGAGUGGCGCGCCCGCCACUCUGGGGGCCACUCUUCUCGCGCUGGCAUUGUCGUGCCGCUGCCGUCCGGGGUUUACUUCCAGGAUUUGUCUGGCUCGGAACCAGUCCUGAAGCUGCGAAGUUCUCCCACAUCCCCAAUAAUUGACCCUCUUCUAUCUCCAAAUGGAAGCAUGAUUGCGUAUGUUAAGGAUGAUGAGCUGCAUAUUUUGGGUUUCUCUAAUGGAGAAAUUAAGCAAUUAACUUUCGGUGCAAGAGAAAGUAGGAAGAUCCAUGGACUUGCCGAGUAUAUUGCACAGGAAGAGAUGGAAAGGAAGACGGGGUUCUGGUGGUCUCCUGACAGCAAACACCUUGCAUUUACUGAAGUGGAUUCAACUGAGAUUCCACUGUAUAGAAUUAUGCAUCAGGGUAAAAGUUACGUUGGUCCAGAUGCUCAAGAAGACCAUGCGUACCCCUUUGCAGGUGCAGCUAAUGUUAAAGUGCGACUUGGUGUUGUUCCUUCCAAUGGAGGAGAAGUAACUUGGAUGGAUUUGCUUUGUGGACAUCCACAUGGUUCCCACAGUGAUGAAGAAUAUCUGGCUAGAGUCAACUGGAUGCACAAUAAUGCUGUUGCUGUUCAAGUUCUUAACAGAUCUCACACAAAACUUAAAUUGCUUAAGUUUGAUAUUACUACGGGUAAAAGGGAAGUCUUACUAGAAGAACAACAUGAUACAUGGGUCACAUUGCAUGAUUGUUUCACCCCGCUAGACAAAGGAGUGAAUAGUAAACAUCCAGGUGGUUUUAUUUGGGCCAGUGAAAAGACAGGAUUCAGGCACUUGUAUGUUCAUGACAAGAAUGGUGUGUGCUUAGGACCCCUCACACAAGGUGAGUGGAUGGUUGAACAAAUUGCUGCUGUGAAUGAGAGUAAUGGGCUUAUAUAUUUCUGUGGCACACUGGAUGGACCAUUGGAGACAAAUUUGUACCAAACCAAUCUCUUUCCAGAUUGGAACCUUCCCUUGCAACCCCCGAAAAGGUUGACUCAUGGAACCGGCCGGCAUUCAGUAAUUCUUGAUCAUCAGUUGCUGAGAUUUAUUGAUGUAUAUGACUCAAUAAAAUCUCCACCUGUGAUCUUACUGUGCUCUUUACUUGAUGGAAGUGUAAUUAUGCCCCUGUUUGAGCAGCCAUCGACAGUCCCAUCACUUAAAAAGUUCCAGCAGCUGUCUCCGGAGAUAGUUGAAAUUACAGCGAAGGAUGGGACCACUUUAUAUGGCACUCUCUACCUUCCUGACGAGAGAAAAUAUGGGCCACCUCCCUACAAAACAUUGGUUAGUGUUUAUGGUGGCCCUGGCGUUCAGCUUGUUAGUGACACAUGGAUGAGUACAGUUGACAUGAGAGCUCAAUACCUACGAAGUAAGGGUAUAUUAGUUUGGAAGAUGGAUAAUCGUGGAUCUGCAAGGAGAGGACUACAUUUUGAGGGACAACUAAAGUACAACAUCGGCCGUGUUGAUGCUGAAGAUCAAUUAGAAGGGGCCGAGUGGUUAAUAAUGAAAGGCCUUGCAAAACCUGGGCAUAUUGGUAUUUAUGGCUGGAGCUAUGGCGGGUUUCUGUCAGCAAUGUGCCUCGCAAGGUUUCCGGAUACAUUCUGUUGUGCGGUGUCUGGUGCUCCAGUGACGGCAUGGGAUGGUUACGAUACCUUUUAUACUGAGAAGUUCAUGGGUCUCCCCUCCGAGCAUCCUGAUGCUUACGAGUAUGGGUCGAUCAUGCAUCACACAAAGAACCUGAAAGGGAAACUGCUCCUCGUCCAUGGGAUGAUCGAUGAGAACGUGCAUUUUAGGCACACAGCGAGGCUCAUCAACUCGCUGAUGGCAGAGCGCAAGCCUUAUGAGAUCCUCCUCUUCCCUGACGAGAGGCACAUGCCACGCCGGCUUGGUGACCGGAUCUACAUGGAGGAGAGGAUCUGGGAUUUUGUAGAGAGGAGCCUUUGAAAGGACGCUUGUAUAAAUUCAAUUGCCCAUUGUGGGCUGGGAUUGGGAUGUUUUUGGCACAUGCAUUCGAGUUCUUUUUUCAUUCCCACCUGUAAUUUAUCCACAAGCGCAGUUAUUUUGAUUCUUUUAUCUGCUUUGGACGGUUGGCACUUGGCAGCUGCUUUGGGUGCGUUUAUACAGGGUUCAAAAUAAUCAGACCUUGCUGUGUUGUGGUAUCCCUGGUGAAGUUAAUUUAGUCUGGUAUAGUUUUUCUUUGGAAAAAGGAGGAAAAUCGGUGAUCUCCAUCUCCCAUA